AUGAUAGUAGUAGAGAAAUCCUAUGCCGUCACUGAAUGGAUGAAACAGGCGAAAAAUUACAAUCAUUCAACAAAUCGUUGCUUAACAGGAAAUUCCUGUGACAGCUACAAGCGGGUUAUCAGCGACCAGACUACACACAUAGGAUGCGCAUAUCACAAAUGUGAAAACUUUGGACCAUGGGAGAACAACUUGGUAGUGUGCAACUACGCACCCAGUGCCGUCACUGAAUGGAUGAAACAGGCGAAAAAUUACAAUCAUUCAACAAAUCGUUGCUUAACAGGAAAUUCCUGUGACAGCUACAAGCGGGUUAUCAGCGACCAGACUACACACAUAGGAUGCGCAUAUCACAAAUGUGAAAACUUUGGACCAUGGGAGAACAACUUGGUAGUGUGCAACUACGCACCCAGCUUGAUAUGUGGAAGACCCUACACUGAUGGGACAAAUGGCAGAUGCAAGGAGAAAUCAAGACACUGA